AUGACUCCGUCUUGCGAGCUGAGCGGUGGUACGUGGCGGCAGCAGACGGUCAUUCGUCCUGCGCCCCCUGCCGAGUCGAAGCCCCUAUACCCUCACAUCGAUAUUUCGCGGUACAUCAACACAUUUUCCCGAUUAUCUUUUCGCGAAGACGACUCGUCGCGCGCGGCCGCAAACGACACUCAGAAUGAAGCAAUAUCAGAAGCGCAAGCCGUCAACGGUACAGCAAGUGUCGAGGAUACAUCCAAGAUCGAAAACGAUGCGCGCGCAAUAGCCGAUGCGGAGACCGUCGAUGUGCCCAUUCAAAUUAGACCGGCUAAGCCGCCUCGAACUCAUCUGCAAUACCAGCUCGAUGCGAAGGCUUUCCAUCAGGCACGGAAGCUAUCAACUGGUCACCCUGACUAUUAUUGGUCCCACACGAUGUAUCGAGGCCCGGUUGAAAACGGCAAAGCACGACAUGUCAAGGUUCACUACUGCAUCAGUAAGGCGACCUUUGAGUAUGUGUGCCGAAAGUACUUUCUCGGCGAGCCGGUCCUUGGCUUCGACUUGGAAUGGCUAGCUGGCGCGAGCAAAGACGAUGGCACUCGAGCAAACGUAUCGUUGAUACAGCUUGCAAGCCCUAGUCGCAUUGGGCUAUUCCACUGCUCGCUGUUUGCAAAAGAUGACUUCGUGGCGCCGACAUUCAAGGAGAUUAUGGAAGACCCAAGUGUCUUCAAGACUGGCGUGGCUAUCAAGGCUGACUGUUCGCGGCUGGCUAAGAACAUGGGCGUGCAAACGCGGGGUAUUUACGAGCUGAGCCACUUCCACAAAGUCAUCAGAAGCCAGAUCGAAGGCACCUACGGCCCACUGAAGAAAUCUCUGGUCCCUCUUCGUCUGCUGGUCGAGCAGUACACUGGCCUCCCUUUGUACAAGGAGAGCAGCGUACGAUCGAGCGACUGGACCAAGUCGCUGAACUCUCGGCAGAUAAAAUAUUCCGCAGCAGAUGCUUAUGCCGGUAUCCAGCUCUACCACCUUCUUGAGGAGACACGCUUAAGCCUUGAUCCGCCUCCGGAGCGACCGCAUGCAGCUGAGCUUGGAUUGCCCUUGCCACAAUUAGCCAAGCCUCGAAACGCUGACGAGACCAGCGGGGAUAGCUCCGAAGAAGAUACAGACACAGCAGGGGUAGUCAAAGGGCCUGAACAGACUCAAGCCCGCAAAGUCCCCAAGCCUAGCACGAAAGGCGACACCAAACCGAAGAGCGUCGAUAGCCGCAUCGCCGCCGGCGAACUGUUGGCUCAAAAAUAUCGCGAAAAGAAAUCGAGGCCCGUAUCUGUAGGGCCUGCUGCCUUGAGAGCGUACUACAUAUGGCGCAGCAACGACGACAUGACACCCGCAGCCAUUGCGAAGCUACUUAGAGACCCGCCUCUGCAGACGAACACCGUCAUCACAUACAUAUUGAGCUCGGUCACGAGCGAAAAACUUUCCUUUGACAAGGGAAGAAUGAAGAAUGAACUGCUGGCAGUUCUGGCGCCUGCGGCGCUCGAUUCCCCCAAGUACCAGGCACUGGUCAAGCAAUGCACGGGGAAUUAA